AUGCCGGAUACUACAUUGCAAAGCACGCAGGAAAUAACAGAUAUAGAUGAGAAUAACUUACAGCCGUGCAAAAAGUGCAACUUGCCGAUUUAUGAAGGACAUGCGUAUGAGUUGGGUGAUGAUAGGUGGCACAUAAACUGUUUCAAAUGUUCCAAAUGCAAUUCGUCAUUGGGAUGUAAUUCUAACUUUUUGGUUUUAGGAAAUGGAAAUUUGAUUUGCUCAAACUGUUCGUACAACUGUAAACAGUGUGGCAAGAAGAUCGAUGAUUUGGCUAUUCUUACUGGCGAUCAGGCAUACUGCUCAUCUUGUUUCAAGUGUCGUUCGUGUAAAUUGAAGAUUGAGGACUUGAGGUAUGCGAGAACAUCGAAAGGAUUGUUUUGCAUGAGCUGUCAUGAGAAGUUGAUUGCAAAGAAGAAAAAGUAUGAUUUAAAAAGGAAACAGAUUGCACAACUACAACAACAAAAGGAAAUUGAAGAGAGAAACGGGAUUGAACACCAGCAAACACCACCGCAAGCAUACGAUGUGCUCCGUCAUCUUCAGGAGCGUUCCAAUUCAUCUACAUCUGUUUUAAGUAAUUCGCCGAGCGCGAGGGAUAGUAUUGACAAUGUCAGUGAUGUUUUCACUCAACGAAAUAAGUCGAAUUCUAGUUUAUCAACAAAAGAUAAGGUUUUGCCUCCCCCUCCAAGCAAUCCGCCAAGUCAACCUAGUUUGUUUGCUAGAGAAUCCUUUAAUUCUACAAAAACAGAUACUUCACUUCCUUCCACAAUGACUUCGAGAUUUUCAACUCCAACAAGCGAGUACGCUAAUGCAAUCUCUAACCCUAACGAUAUUGAAAAUGAUUACUCUAUUGAAGAGGUGAAUGACAGCGAUGAUGAAUUAAAGAAGAAUAAUGUAACACACUCACAGACCAAUCAAGAUCAAAGUUAUGAGCAGAUCAGUACGCCACCAACAUCAUCGGCAAACGACAACCUGUCGCCAGUUAAGGAUAUGGCCAAUGGGAUUAGACUCGAUAUUAUUGAUUCCUCUGAACCAUCGACCCCAAGACAUAAUCAAUUACAACCAGCGGCCACAUUUACACCACAAUCUAAGGAUAAGGAUCUGAACGGUGAAUACAGAGCACAAUCGCCAACUUCAGUGUCAAAAGCCAACUUUAAGGGAAAAAACCUCCUUAUCUUAUCACCCAAUAACUUACAGAAUGAAGAAUUUCUUAAUCCAUCUAGGGAAUAUCACUCGUCGAUUGGUUCACCUACGUAUGAUAUGAUGUCAGAAUAUGAUGAUAGUAGACCAACGCUAUCUGCACCCGUAGAUGAAUCAAAGGUAAGAUCUGGUUGUCCUUCACCGUUUGCGAAGGCAAAUAGACAAGCAAGAGUUGUUGAAACAAAUGAUUAUUCGCAAGACAAUUCAGGAAUAUUUUUGGAUAAUGAGGAUAACAGAGAAGACGGAUAUGACGUAAUUAGGACGCCAAAGAAAAUGGGGUUGUCUUCAUCAAAUACAAAUACUACAUCUCCACCCCCAAAAUUACCAUUGCCAGUGAUACCAUCAAGCCCAGUCAAGAAGGACAAAGUAUAUGAAACGCCAACAGUACUGGAUUCAGCUAAAUUCAGCAAUAAGAUAGAAAUAACACCAAAGGGAUUGGGAUUAGCUGGUGUAGAUUAUGAUGAAUCCAAAGAUGAAAUUAGGUAUUUCAACCUGAAUAACGAAAAUCAACUCGACAGAUCAAUACCUCCUCAAUCUCAGACUCCUAAUCAAAAAUCGCCAGCAACUCCAGCUGUAACUAAUCUUGAAACUCCAACAAAUGUGGAUAAAGAUACCCCAGAGAGUAAAAUAGAGUUAUCUAGAAAAUCAUCUUUGAUAAGAACUCCAAAACUUAGUUUGAAACACAAGAGGUCUGUAUCAGGUGGUAAUGGUGGUAUUUCUCAAAAAUUUGGGUUUUUCAAGUCCAGCAAUAAAGAUGAGCCACUAGUCAACCCUGAGAAACCACGCCAUGGGUCCGUAGGGUCUAUUUCAAAUGGAGGAUCUGCAUUCGUCACACCUCCCUUACCACGUACAUCUCUGUCAAAUCACCAAUUUCAGACGAAUAAUGGGUUUAUUAGAGAACAUAAUAGAUCCACUUCGGACACUCCGUUUUCUUCUGUUUUGGAUAACAGAUAUAGUAAUGAUAUAGUAAAGAAUGACUUAGACAUGAGAUCUUUAAAAUCGGAAGUUUACCAAUUAGAUUCUCAAAAGCAAGUCUUAUUUAACGAGAAUAAGGCUUUGAAGAACGAAAAUGAGAAAUUAAGCGAACAAUUAAGGAAUUUACAAAAUAACAUAAGCGUGGAGUCAUCUAAUCAUGAUCGUUUAACAGAAGAAAUCAUUGCCUUAGAAAAACGUAAGAAAGAUCUAUUAGAAGUAAACCAGAGUUUAUCUGAACAAAAUCAUAAAUUGGAAAUGUCUGUUAAUAAUUCAUCGGUAAUUAGCAAAAUGCCGUCUAAUGACACAGCUUACACGAAUUCUAUUGGUGGCACAACUGUUGGUAACACGCCUGCUUCCCUUCCCUCUCAAAAUUCAUCAUCGUCAUUAAUAGCUGGAGCCCCAUAUAAUGAAAAUAAUUACUCGGAAGAACAUACAGAAACCCAAAAGGCGACUAGAUUGAAAUUCUGGAGAAGACCAAAGAUAGCUCCCAAUUUGGUUUCGUCUCACAAUACUAAUAAUCUGUACGGACUGCAAAAUUCAACUUCAACUCAGCAUCAGAUUCAAAAUAAUAAUCAGAAUCAAUAUACAAGUCCUGUUCACGGACAGGGAAAUCAACCGUCUCAAAACUGGAAUAAUGCUAAUCCAAAAUUAAGCCAAACUUAUUCGUCACAAGCAAUUCGACCACCUAAUAGCAAGAAUUAUGUGAAUGUUAAUGGUAUUAAUAACAAUAAUAAUGCCAAUAACAAUACCAAUAGUAACGAUUCGUUAACAACCGAAGGAAACAACAAGAAGGGAAUAAGUUCAUUCAUGACAAAGUCUAGAUCAACUAAUAUUCUUGACUCAUUCUUAGCUGGAAAUAGUGCUCACAAUUCACCUAAUGGUAAUCAUGAAACUAAUGAUCCGAUCCUGUUAACGGAAAUUGACUCUGCUCCCCUUUUUAAUUCAUCUAUUCAGAAACGGGCGGAAUAUGAGAAUGAAAAAGUGCCACUCAUUAUCACAAAAUGUAUUGCAGAAGUGGAGAAGAGAGGAUUAGAUGUUGAAGGGAUAUAUCGUAUUUCAGGUGGUAAUUCGGCAAUUGUUGCGAUUGAGAAUGCUUUUGCUGACUUGCCGCCUAAUUCAACUAAGGAUGAAAAGCAAAUGCGCAAGUUAGAAGAUGCCAUUGGCGGUGAUGUAAACGCUGUAACCUCUGCGUUGAAGCGCUAUUUGCGUAAGUUACCAGAUCCCCUACUCCCAUAUGCCUAUUAUGAUGAGUUUAUUAAGGUGGCUCUGUCGAUAUCGGCAAACAAGCAGGAUAAAAGAAUUAACGAAUUGAAGCUGAAGGUUAUUAAUAAAUUACCACCGACUAAUAAGCAUGUAUUGUUUUUGAUCUGUAAACAUUUGGACUUGAUUAACUCCUACGCUUUGGUUAACAGAAUGAAUUUCAAGAAUUUGUCAGUCGUUUUUGCACCAACACUAGUAAGAGAUGAAACUGGUGAAAAAGAAAUGAUCCAUAUGGGUUAUAGAAACGAUGUUACUGAAUUGAUGCUUACAAACUACCAAAAAUUGUUCUAUGAUUAUUUACAUUAA